AAAAUGACACCAUCCGUUUAGUUGAGUGUCAUCAACACUGACCUUGUUUUAGGAAGGUUUCAUUUCAUAGUUAUUCAUUUUUGAUACUAUAUAGAGCAGCUAACAUGUUGUGAUUUCCUUCCCGGAUAUUUCCUGUCCUCUGCUUCCUCUCAGAGGAAGAGGAGGAGGAGGAAGAGGAGGGCGGACACUCAGCAUCCUCCAGCCUCCGCCCGCCUCUCUGGCUCUGCCUCCAUCCGACACGGCGCUGGAUCAGACCUGCAGGGGGGUGGGGGGCAGAAAAACACACUGCGGAAAGAGGGCGAUGGCCGCCGGUGGAGGAUGCGGGGAAUCGGUGGAUCAGUACCGGGCCGAGGUGGAGAGGCUCACGCAGGAGCUGGCCGAGGCCAACCGGGAGAAGAUCCGGGCUGCGGAGUGCGGGCUGGCCGUCCUGGAGGAGAACCAGGCGCUGAAACAGAAAUAUGCAGAGCUGGAAACCGACCAGGAGACCCUCCGGAAGGAGCUGGAGCAGCUACAGGAGGCGUUCGGUCAGGCCUACACCAACCAGCGCAAGGUGGCAGAGGAUGGAGAGACCAUUGAGGAGACACUGCUGCAGGAGUCAGCCUCCAAGGAGGCGUAUUACAUGGGCCGGCUGCUGGAGCUGCAGACGGAGGUGACGCUGAGCCGCUCGGUGGCGUCCAACGCUCAGGCGGAGAACGAGAGGCUCAACGCGCUUCUGCAGGAGCUGCGAGAGAGCAACGAGAUGCUGGACCUGCAGCGCAGCAGGAUGAGGGAGGAGAUCAAGGAGUAUAAAUUCAGGGAGACGCGUCUCCUCCAGGACUACAGCGAGCUGGAGGAGGAGAACAUCACCCUGCAGAAGCUGGUCUCCACGCUCAAGCAGAGCCAGGUGGAGUAUGAGGGGCUGAAACAUGAAAUCAAAGUUCUGGAGGAGGAGACGGUCCUCCUCAACAGCCAGCUGGAGGAUGCUCUGCGUCUGAAGGACAUCUCAGAGGGACAGCUGGAGGAAGCGCUGGACGCCCUGAAGACGGAGCGCGAGCAGAAGAACAACCUGAGGAAGGAGCUGGCCCACCACAUCAGCCUGAGCGACAGCGUGUACGGGGCCGGGGCCCACCUGGCGCUCACCGUCACCGGCGUCGAGGGCCUCAAGUUCACCGAGGAGACCGGCAGCGGCAACGUUCCCAACGGCAGCACCAUCCCUGCUGCCAACGGCAACAUGGAGGACAGCAACCGCUGCAACGGCCACCUGCACCACGGCCCCGUCCUGGCCAAGGCCAGCGGGGAUUACCGCGCCGGCAGGAAGGCGGACGGCCUGGUGCCGGACCUGUUCAGCGAGCUCAACCUGUCCGAGAUGCAGAAGCUGAAGCAGCAGCUGCUGCAGGUGGAGCGUGAGAAGGCGGCUCUGCUGAUGACCCUGCAGGAGUCGCAGACCCAGCUGCAGCACACGCAGGGCGCCCUGACGGAGCAGAACGAGCGCGUCCAUCGCCUCACCGAACACGUCAACACCCUCAAACACCUGAACGCCGACAAGGAGCUGGACGACCCGCAGGAGAGCGAGAAGCCCGACGGCGGCUCCCCGUCGCCGUCGUCCAACGGCUGCCUCGACCCUGACAUCCACGGGUUUGAGAUCCUGGAGUGUAAGUACAAGGUGGCGGUGACGGAGGUGAUCGACCUGAAGGCCGAGCUCAAAGCCUUAAAGGAGAAGUACAACCAGGCGGUGGAGGGCCAGGGAGACUGCCACAACGACGACCGGGUCCAGGCGCUGACUGAGCAGGUUUCCCAUUUGGAGCGGAGCUACCGUGAGAGCCGGGAGCGCGUGGCUGGCCUGGAGGCCGAGCUGCGCGCCGCAUCAAACACGGCGACGGAGAGCCAGAGCAUGCUGAACGCGGCGCAGGACGAGCUGGUGACCUUCAGCGAGGAGCUGGCGCAGCUCUACCACCACGUCUGCCUCUGCAACAACGAGACGCCCAACCGCGUCAUGCUGGAUUACUACCGGCAGAGCCGCAUCACACGCAGCGGCAGCCUGAAGGGCCCCGAGGAUCCACGGGCGCUGCUGUCUCCCCGCCUGGCGCGCCGCCUCGCCGCCGCGUCCGCAGCCUGCUCGUCCGACUCCCCGCGCAGCCCAAUGGACUCCCCGUCCAGAGACGCCCACCACAGCAACGCAGCGGGCAACACGGCGGGCAGCGUGGCGGACUCGUCGUCCUGCCACAGCAGCCCCAUCCAUAACAUCAGCGGCUCGCCCUCCAUCAGCAUAUCCCGCUGCCCGUCUCCGGUGCCGUCGGACACGGGCGGCGACCUGCGGAGGGAGCCGAUGAACAUCUACAACCUGAACGCCAUCAUCCGAGACCAGAUCAAGCACCUGCAGCGGGCCGUGGACCGCUCGCUGCAGCUGUCCCGGCAGAGAGCUGCAGCCAGGGAGAUGGCCACCAUGCUGGACAAGGACAAGGAGUCGUGCAUGGAGGAAAUCCUGAAGCUCAAGUCGCUGCUCAGCACCAAGAGGGAGCAGAUCGCCACGCUGCGGCUCGUCCUCAAGGCCAAUAAACAGACAGCAGAAAAUGCCCUGGCUAACCUGAAGAGCAAGUAUGAGAAUGAAAAGUCAGUGGUGACAGAGACCAUGAUGAAGCUGAGGAAUGAACUGAAGGCUCUGAAGGAAGACGCUGCCACCUUCUCCUCUCUCAGAGCCAUGUUUGCCACGAGGUGUGAUGAGUAUGUCACCCAGCUGGACGAGAUGCAGAGGCAGCUGGCCGCAGCAGAGGACGAGAAGAAGACGCUCAACUCCCUCCUCAGGAUGGCGAUCCAGCAGAAGCUCGCCCUGACGCAGCGGCUGGAGGACCUGGAGUUUGACCACGAGCAGAUUCACCGCGGCCGCGGCGCCAAAGUGCCCAAGAUAAAAAGCAGCCCACCCAAAUUUUUUGUAGAUUGUCAGCAGCCUUCUGCCUCAGUACCGACAUUCUCCCCACAACUAAGGCGAGGGAGAGCCUCCUUAGCCCGCAGUCGUAAAUUUCUGGAAGACCUCCAGGAAUACCAAGCGGUCCUGUCCAGCAGUCGCAGCCUCCUCUCGCCGUGCGACCCGCGUAGCUGCAUGGCCCACCAGCCCCACUCCCCCGGCACCUAGCCCCGCCCCCGGCACCUAGCCCCGCCCCCGGCCCGGACCCAUAGGAGCCACGCAUAGGCAGACACGCCCUGGAUGAGGAAGGGGCCUCCUCUGUCCCCCACCCCGGCCGGACCCGGCCCGGUUCUGGCCCGGUUCUGGCGGGCCUCCCGGCUACCUGGGUCGUAGAAGAGACGCAGGACGCGCUCCCCGUUUUCUGGAUGCGACUUCCUGCAGGAGGACUGACCGGCAGAAAUGCUGCUGACGCUGAACUGGAAUCUUUCAAUUAGUUCACUGUUAUUUAAUAAUAAUUUAUUGACUAUUUAUUAUUUAUGGGAUUUAUUAAUGCUUGUAUGUUUUUCUUCUGUCUUAUGUUUUUUAUAAGAAUUCAUUCCUGCUGUGGAGACGAAGUAAUCGGUUUCACAGAUUCACUUUCACAACACAGUCUGUUUUGUUCUUCCAUCAAAAAUUUAACGAAAAUAAACAUUUGAUUUAGACGCUUUCUAGAAAAAACGUACCUAGUUAAACCAUGUAGAGUUUUGUGAGAAUAACAAACAAAUAAAUCAUGUAUGGAGGUUUUUUCUACAAAGUAGCUCCUAGACGCUUUGGACGGCGGAUCCAGCAGACUAAUGACAGGAAAAGGUUUCGUGUUUGUGAUGGUGGAUUUCAGCUGUUUUUCUUUCACAGGUUUUUCUUGCGAUGCUUAUUUAUGAAUUAUUUUAACAUUUUUAAAUUAGAUAUACAAAGACUGUUUUAUAUCACUUCUUGUUUAUUUAUUAGACACAUUUUUUACACUGGGUCCUGGUGAUGCUUGUAGCUCAGCUGUCAGAAACUGAGUGGAUUUGAUCAGGCGUUUUGAGCUGCUUUUCAUUUUGAAUUGCGCCGUUUAAAUGAACUCUAAAUGCUGCAUUAAGGUCUCUGUCAUCUACUCAUUGUAUUUUCCUCGUUGAGUAUUUUCAGUCAUGCUACUGAUUCUUUUCCUCAUUGUGACACAGAGAGAAAAAAACGUUGCAGCUCCACACUUUGGGUCCAUUUUUAGAGUUACAGUCAGAUGUUACCAGCAUGUUUUCAUCAUGUUAUAUAUUCAUUUAUAAAUGUCACAGUUUAAACUAAAUAUUUAGCAGCAAGUUAAAUGUCAUCGAGAGAGUAUUUACAGACUUAACCUAAAAUAUUUAUUAUGAAGCUAAAUAUUUAGCUCCAAACUAAACAUUUAGUUUACAAAUUAAAUGCUUAGUUCCAAAUUGAACAGUUAGGUCAGAGACAACUAAAUACUGUAUUUAACUUGCUAAAUAAAGAUUUAGUUAGUAAGCUAAAUGUUUAGCCCAAAACUAAAUGUUUAGCUCUGAACUAGCUUCAUAUUUAGUUUGAAAUUAAAUAUUUAGCUUGUAACAAAAUACUUAGUUUUACAUUAAAUGUGUACCUUACUCGCUAAGAAUUCACCUUAAAGCUAGAGCUUUAAAGCAACCACUAAAUGUUUAGCUUGCAGCUAAAUGUAUAGUUGGUCAACUAAAUGAUUAGUUUGCUAAAUAAUAUAUAAUAUUAACAUUUAUAAAUGAAUGAAUAACGCGGUGAAAAUGUGACUUUGUAUAGUGAGCCGCCAUGUUUUUCUCUUAUGACAGGCUAAAUAAAUCUAAUAAUUGUGUUAAUUUUUGACAGUAACUUAAAAGCGGCUCCCCAUGCAGCCUCUCCGUGUCGCCGUCUCCCUUUGCUUCCCCAGACAGAAUGCAGUACAGCACAAGCACAAUUCUGCACUAUGCAUUUGAGCAAUACAGCAGCAGCAGCAAUCACAGGCUGGUCUGGGUGAAACAUUUCUGCCAGUAACUGUGUGGGAAGGUCAAAGGAACAGAAAGCUCCAGAUAAGAGAGGAAUUCAUUUUCUGUUACAAAAUUAAAGUUUUGUCUCUUUUUGAGACACAGAAAAUGUGGCAACUGCAAGAAAGUUUCAUUUUUCUGCACUUUUCCAACAUUCUCAUAUUAUGUCCUAAUUUAAAGAUUUAAAACCUGAACCUGCACAGCCAGUAUCGGUGUGUUUAAGGACACCAUUGAGUGGACGUACUGCUCAGCGUGUGUGUUCACUUGUUCACCACAGAUUGAUACUUUUGCAACUACAGAGUGAUGAAGAGGCAGCAGCUGGAUCUGUGCUGGCUCAUUAACUUCUGGUCUGAACGGAGAGACUGACCGGGUUCCUGAAAACAAGCCGUGGUUUGACAGGAAUGCUUGCAGUAUGCUGGGAUAUUGUGGGUUUUACAGUUUCGCCACCAUUUGAAACAGUGUUAAACUGGAUACACAACAAAUAAAAGAUUUCUCCUUUG